CGGUUAUUGACAGGCAGAUAGCGGCCCGCCUUCUUACGGCUUACGGUUUUCGGGCUUUUCCUUUUCAAUGAUGCUAGUCCUGAAGACACCGUCUGUAAUUCCAACCCUUCCUGCCCUGUCGCAAUUAAAACCUUCAAAGUCGAGCCACACACCGUCAAAGAUCACCGCCAAGCCGAUGGUCCAUACUACCCGACUCGCAGACCUCCUUUCCGACAAUUCUUCAGACGAUGAGGAUGAGGGCAGUUUCAGAGAUGUUUCGGGGUCAAAACGCCAUGAUGGGGCGGCUAUGGCUGCCGAAGAUAUGGGCUUGAAUUUGGACGACGAUCUGGAGACGGCGAUUUUCAAUGAUGCAAAGACCGUCGAGUUAUUGCCCAAAAGAUCUUACCAAACUGGGAAGCGGAAAGCAGGGGAGAUCAAGCGGAAGAUUCCUCUGCCAUCGCAAGCAGCUUCCAGCACAAACCAGCCUCAAGCCGAGUGGAAGCUCAUCCAGCGGAUCGCCGAGCUCGAGAAGCAAAACUCGCAGCUCUUGGCGAGCAUGCAGAGUAAAUCCGAGGAACUGAAAGCAUUGCGGCAGGAAGCGCUUGAACAGAAUGCUGGUUCCUUGGGCGAGUUGCUGUCUGAUGGGUCAGGCAGAAUCGGGGCACCCCAGGCCAAGAUCAUCGAAUUGGCGAAAAAGGCUCGCCGCCUGACAAUUGCAGUGGAAAAAGAGCGAAGUUUGAACGCCACUCUUUCAAGCAAACUGCAUGAGCUACAAACACGGCAAGCAAAUACAUCACGCACGAAAACGGAGGCAGAGUCGAUAGCGGAAAGCGCCGCCCAAGCAGCAAAUGCAGAAUUAAAGAGCGUGAAAGAGAAGUUGGGACAGAUCAACCGCAAGUAUGAGGAUGAGCGCAUACAGAACCAAAAUCUCAAGGUCGAAAUGCGCCAGAUGCGGAGAGCCUUAGUCAAAGAAAUCGGUGAUGAUGUGUCCCCAGACAAGAUCUUCGACCAGGGGUCUGGCUGGAAAGGUCGAGCGCAACAGAUCAUCACCCUGAAGGCGCGAAUCCAAGACCUGACCCGCCAAAACGAGGCCCAACGGACACGACAAAAAGAGAAGCCUACCGAAACCAGGACCGACACCGCAGGAGACGACGCAGCCUUCGACCGAAACAACUCAGAGGCGCGCAUCGGGGUAGAUCCGUUCGACGAAAGCCAUCGCACGUCUAUACGCCGGAUUGAAAGUGAUCGGAAACAUGCGUUGAAUAAAAUGACUGUUGAAUUGGAGGCACUCCGAAAAGAGCACGUAGAGGUGCGUCGGAAGCACGACGCUGUCCUGGCCAGGAAUCGCUUACUCGAAAAGGACAUGCAAGACCUGAAACAAAAGCUCAUCACCGUCGUGCAAAAGGGCGGGGCGGACGAUAAGCUUGUUCAGGCUUUGCAGAAUGAGGUGGCGAAGUUGAAGGGCAAGCUACAUGUGAUGCAUGCGCGGGCUAUGGAGGCGCAGGACGAGAGUGGUCAUGCUUCUCCGCGGUCAAGGACUAGCUCUAAUCAGCAUCACCUACCAGACAAUCGGCUUAACAGCAUCCCAUCACGACCAUGCUCAAAUCACGCACCAAGUCCACCGGCGCGAUCAGUGUCUCUCUCGGGUCCUGCCAACGACGUGCAAACAAUGGGUCUCCAAUCCCAACUCCGAUCCCUCGCGGUCGAAAACCAACGCUUGAAAGAGCUGCGGCAGGUCCUGGAAGCCGAUUUGCAGGCGGCGGAUCAGAAGACCCUGGCAUUGGCGACGGACCUGAAACGCGAACGCCAGCGGGUUAGUAAGAUCCCCGUCGCCUCACAUGGAGCUGUUCAGUCUAAUGGCGGAGGCGGGGCGAAUGCGGAUGAGAGCAAGAUUGGAAGACUAGAAUCCGACAUUGAGUUACUGGUGGACGAACAAGAAGCUUUGAAAACUACCCUCAGAGACACUCUCGCACGCACGCAAAAGGAGAUCGGCAUCUUCAGCGACCUCCUCGCGCAGACGCGGGAAGCGUAUCGGGUGGAUCUGGAGAGAAUUGUUAAACAUGUUCAGCGAUUGUCUACAACGACGAAUGGGUGAUGAUUUACUUUUCUAGGGAUGUGGAAGGAAAAUGGAUGAGGAUGGUGUUUGAUGUACAUAUUAGCCUCGGGCAUGGAUAAUCGCAUGUACAGCAACGAGCGUUUUUGAAUGAAUACUAUUCUGCUAAAUUGUGAG